GUGGACUGUAACGAGCGGUAUAACCAGCCGUGGUAGACUAGGCACCACGCGCGAAAUUCCGUUCUUGAAAAACUCGGAGACAUUUUGUUGUGUCGGUGUUUAUUUUUUGUUUGCUAGCUAUUUAUCAAUGAAAUUUGGCAAAGGAUCUAACUGAAUUACACUACAAUACUAUGGCUUAAUCUAACUGUGAUUGGUCUACUGCGUUUUGGAGAAUUCCGUGGCUGUGUGUUGAGUGAAAGUCUCUUGAAAUGACAACAAAAAAAAACUUCGGCACAUUUCGUGCCGUAAAAUGUAAAAUGAGUGAAAUGGUACGGCUUCCUGAGUAGAAGAGAUACAAGUAAUCUUGACAACCAAAUAGGUCUUAGUAGCGAAGAUAAAUACCGUCAAAAAGAUAAAAACAACAUGGAUGAUACUAACAGCCCAUUGCUUGAGAAGAUGAAAAAGAGAAGGGCUGCAAUGGAGGCAACAAUUAUGUCAGAGGGGGGAUCAUACCAGAGUGACGCAGAGAACACAAUGCAACCAACCAAUAUACAGACCUUGACCCAGUCACGGCUUGAUGGUAGUGUGACUGACAUCCAGACACUCAGCCCGGCUGCACCAGACACCAUGGUUGAGUCCAUUGAGGAUUUACAUCAAGGAGAUGACAUGAUGGAGGACUUAAAGACACGAAGACAGCAAAGGAGAGAAGAGUUGUCCCGUACACUAGACCCUAGUGGUUCUGCUGGAGCAUGGGGGGACCAAGUACAGAGUCUUGGGGAACCCUCUUCAACUUCUCAAGGCCCUGGGCCACGCCUUCAACAGAUGAUGGAAUCUGGUCCCAACAGACUGUCUGCCCCUGCCCCUGGCGAAAGCAUGAGUUUAAAUGCAUCCAUCAGAGAGCGGGUCAGAAGCAAAGUCAGGGGGAGACAGGCAAGGCCUGGUCUAUCUGAGACUGUCCCUGAGAGGAGGUUGAGAGGCCUUAGAGACAGACCUCUGCCUACUAGAUUUGAUGAGGCAGGGCUGUCCCCUGCUAAGGCAGCUGACAUAGAAGAGGACCCUCAGUUGAUGGAUAGCAUUGCUAGUGUGAACAGAUGGAGAAAAAUGGCCAAGAUGUCACGGCACAGGGCUAACGGGAUGCCCUCUGCUGAGGAAGCAUACAACUUUUUUACUGGUCGCAUGGACACAGAGGAAGAAGAGCAAAAAGUCACCUCAGAUGACCAGCGGGACCCAGACCUUGGUGGAGGUCCUGCCGUAUUCUGGGGCAAGCCGCCAUACACCCCCCAGGCGAAGAGGCUGGAGUAUGAAAACAAGGCUUAUUACAUGCCAAGCAUGAAACCAGUCCCAUUCCAGGACAAAGUUCCUGAAGGCCAGCAGCCCCGGGAUCUUGAGGAGGAAGGGUUCUAUGUUGGCAAGCCUCCCCCUGUAGCCUACAGCAACCUGAAUAUCAUGGAGGAUCGCAUCCUACACUCCGAUGAGCAAAAGAGUUUGUGGUUUGCUGAAGAUGGUCACUUAAGACGCCUGGCAAGCCCCUUGAAGGAGAAAGCAACAAGACCCCCUCCCGUGGUAGCCCCUGAGGACCUAGACCCACUGUUACAAACACAAUGGCGCAAGGCCCAUACAGAACCCUUUGAUGCACGCUACAUCGACUCCUCUGGUUUUCCUGAGGGUCAUUACCAACUAGAUGUGGAUGUUUCCACCCUUACCUUCACCCACCACCCCCUGUUCAGUGCCGAGCAUGUCCUGUCAUCACGCCUACAGCAGCUCUACCUUCAGUACUGCCAGAGACGCAAGAAAGCUAUGUCUGCCCACCUAGCGGACAAGUUGACGGCAUUGAAAAUCGCCCUCGGACAGCUACAAGAAGCAGCCACGAGGAAAAGUAUGAAAAAUCGUACAACUGCUGGAGAUACAGAAAAGAGGAUACGAGAAUAUCGCAAGCAAAUCAUUGAGACGCGGCAUCUGAGAGAUGUGGAAGAUCACAGUGAUAGGACACUCUUACAGCAUAUUUUACAGUGUUGGCGGGAUAUUAAAGCAUUACGAGAAAGACAGGGGUACACUAAUACAGCAAUCAAACUUGUAGUUAGAAAGGAAGAUGUGAAUCCAAGUGACGAAAAUGAGCUUUACGAGGCUGACCUUCUAGAGGAACUACAAGAGAAAAGGGAGGAUUAUGAGUCAGAGUACGCCAAGCACAUGGAGGAGUAUGAAAUAGCGCUCAAGGAAUGGAAAAGAGAAAUGAAGAAACGAAAAAAGCAGCGUCAGGAAGGUGAAGGUGAUCAAUCAGGCCUGAUGGAGGGCGAAGCGCCUCCCAAGCCUGUUCGUCCUGCUGAAUUCGACGAAGCAACUCAACUUGCAAAGAUCCGCGAGAAUGCUGCAAAGAUGCGAAGAAGGCCAGGUGAGCCCAUCUUGAUACCACAAGUGCAAUACACCAGUAACAUCACCCAGCCCGAGCAAUGUCCCAGGGCUGAAGUGUUGCGCCGACAGGAUGUCCAGCGCUGGUCAGCGUUCGUCAAAGUUUUGUUCAAUGACAAAGAGGUCUCCAAGACAUCUAUCAAGCGGCUGACGUCGGAUUUCACUAUCCAUUAUGGAGAGAUUCACAACUUCCAGAUCGUGGAAUGGCCAGAAAGCAUUAAGCUUCAGCUGUUCGAGAGUGGCGUGCCUAGCAAACUGCUGGCAGAUAUCUUCAUUCCAGUACCGGAACUGAGUCGAGUCACAGGCCGUGCAGAAAUGGAGUCGUAUGAGUUCAGCAGCAAUCACACCGUCUCCUACAAACACGAGGGUGUUGGCAGCGGUCAUGCCAUCAAUUUAAAUGUCGCAAACAAUACACAGGAAGUCCAUCAAAUAAACUCAGAAAUCCUCCUUACUUCCGGCGGCCUCCUGACUAGUGUUGCCUGGGCACUAGACAAUGAGGGACGGCCGAUGGCUCCACCAUCCUCGGCCGUUGGACUUGGUACUAGUUCCGGGGUUGCGCGGCGGUAUGACGCCAUGGCGGCCCUGGGGGCUGCUGGAAUGGUAGAUGUACAGAAGCUAGCUAAGUGGAUAGCUGAGUCUCAUCUGGACCCCAACGACCCCGCCAAUGCCGACAUAAUGAACAUCUUAAAGAUCGGUCACGUGGACGGUACGGAGGCGCCCAAGUACUUCCGCCUGAACCAGCUUGAAGGAGAGACGGAGUUCGUGACGCAAGAUGAACUGGAUCGAUCCAGGCGCGUCAAGCUAAUCAGUCUGCGGGACCAAGGGGUCCCGGAGUUCAAGAACUACAAGAUGAUCCCUGCUCGCGAGAGAGACAUUCCUGCCAAUGUAUUUGAGGCCUACGAAAAGCGUCAGCGUGGAGAACAGGCCGAGGAGGAGACCGAGGACGAGUUGUGUGCGCACCGCAUGGCUGUCACGAAAUUUCUGAACAAGGUGCGCGAGGAGGUGACGCAGAGGUCGUUGGUGGCCAAGAGACAGAUGGAACUCAGAGACAUGAUCAUAGAAGAUGAGGUCCCGGACAUUCGCAAUUUUUGCGUUGGUAUUGGUCAGCUGUUUUCGCCCAGGCGCCCCCUUAGACCAACGCGUAAGGAGCGUAAAGUCGUUGGUACUCAGAACUUGACCAUCAGGGACGUCAAACUGCUGGUGAACAUUGUGCGAGGACUGGACAUACCAGUACGAAACAAUGCCAGGAAUGUUCGUUCAGCGCCUCGUGACAGCAGGUUCGGUGGAGGCCCUAGCACCGAGGGCGAGACCAGCCGUGCAAAUGACUCCCCCGGAACCGCCAUGGUACGCCCCUUCAUCGAGGCCGUGUUUCAGGGGGAGUUCGCACGAACGUCUGUGGCGGGCGGACCUAAUCCCAGUUGGAACGAGCAGCUUAUCAUACCAUUCAGGGCUCCAAAGGACGACUAUUCACCGGAAAACCUUCAGACUGUUGAUGAUGUGCUUUUCCUAAACCUGUUUGACGAGAAAGUGUACGACAUUCUACAGGACGAGCGUCAGCGUGGUACAAGUGUGCAUCAGCGCCUUGAGCGACACUGGCUAGGCAGCAUUGAGAUCCCCUUCUCUACCGUGUACUUCAAUGGAAAGGUGGACGGUACUUUUAGAGUGAACACGCCCUCAGUCCUACUCGGAUAUGAGUAUCAGAAGCGUACCACAGGUCCUGGGACGAGUAGUCGCAGCGAUACACUGCUGACCAUGUUUGUUACUAUUGAGCCGCCGCUACAACCCUCUCAGCCAAUGGCAGAACGAUUUGAGAGCAACGAGUCGGAGAAGCUGCUGCACAAUGCUCAAAUCUGGUUAUCAGGACUCAAGAAGAAGUUCCCUAAGCGCGAAUUCAAGGCGCUCGCCACGGAUCUAACCGGAAAGAAAGUCUUCAUCACGCGGUAUAUUCGAUCACAAAAACCACCCGAGGAUCUGCUUGGACAAUCGCAAAAAGAAAUGGAGCUAUUGGCGCGAUACGUGUCUCUUGUUCCCUACGUAUCGGACUCGGCUGCGUUUCCAGACUUGUGCGACAUCUGGGCCACCUCGGAGCAAUUUCUACAGAUGCUUGCCGGAGAUGAGGAGGAGCACGCCAUUCUGCUAUGCAACUACUUUACGCACAGGGGGAGGGGAAAGGCGUACGUGGUCCUUGGCACAGGGAUACCGGAAGGAUCCACGGCGUACGUACUUAGCAUCGUGGACGGGAAGAAGCAGCUUUGGAACGCGCACACGGGACGCCAAUUCGACGUACACGACCCGCACUGCCCUCUUACCAGCAUCGGCUGCGUCUUCAACGAAGAAAAUAUUUGGGCAAACGUGCAGCAGUUCGAGGAGCCAUUUCGUCUGGAUUUUGACCUGACCAAGCCCAAGCUAUGGCUGCCUUUCUUCUCGCAGAAAUACCCCCGACCCGCGCUCUCCAGCGUACAGAAAGAGAAUUUGUUCUACCGUCCGGUUGACAGAGAGUAUGUAGCCCGGACACAGGACAGGGUGGGGAAGCUACUUAUGGAUAAGAUCAUGGCGUGGAGACCAAGAUUCGUCACCCGGUGGAACAGAUACUGUACCCAGACAUUCCGCAAUCUUCUCGUCAAUAUGGAGCACAGUUUGGGAGAGACGAGCACCGACCGGCACACGGCCGAGCUGGACCAGAUCCUGUCCUCCUAUCAGUUGUCUGGCUUCCCCAUCAACAUGCCAUUCACAGACGUCCCACCAGUCGUGGACGCUGUCUACAGCACUGGCGUACAUACCAUAGAGGACCCGGAUGUGGAAUUCGCUCUCGCGACCCAUAUCCACCCCUUCCCCCACGGGGUGAUGUCGCUCUGGAUAUAUGUAGGCACACUCAAGAGAAAGCCCACAUAAUAAACCACACCCUUCCCCCCACGGGGUGAUGUCGCUCUGGAUAUAUGUAGGCGCACUCAAGAGAAAGGCCACAUAAUAAACCACGCCCUUCCCCCCACGGGGUGAUGUCGCUCUGGAUAUAUGUAGGCACACUCAAGAGAAAGGCCACAUACUAAACCAAACCCUUCCCCCCACGGGGUGAUGUCGCUCUGGAUAUAUGUAGGCACACUCAAGGGAAAGGCCACAUACUAAACCACACCCUUCCCCCCACGGGGUGAUGUCGCUCUGGAUAUAUGUAGGCACACUCAAGAGAAAGGCCACAUACUAAACCACACCCUUCCCCCCACGGGGUGAUGUCGCUCUGGAUAUAUGUAGGCACACUCAAGAGAAAGGCCACAUACUAAACCACACCCUUCCCCCCACGGGGUGAUGUCGCUCUGGAUAUAUGUAGGCACACUCAAGAGAAAGGCCACAUACUAAACCACACCUCUCCCCAAUGAUGAAUGAUAGGAAAUGAAUCGCCUUUUCAGAACAUGGACGCGCCCCCAAGAGGUGUAUAAAUGGGGAACACUUAGGGAAAAAUCCAUCUAUCUCUUCUCCCCUCCCCCGUCGGGCUUUCACAAUGGACAUCCCCUAUGGAAUAAGGCUGCUUUCUACCCCUCCCCUUCGGGUCCCUUAUUGCACAUGUGGAUAAUACCACUUGAAUGUUACUAACUGUUAUAUAAAUAUUUAUGUAAAUCUUUAAUCUAGAAAAUAUCUUUGUAAAAACGAUUGAAUAUUUACAAUAGGCUUGAAAAUAUUUAGUGUUUGAGAGUUGUGAAAGGUAUUUAAAUAUAUAAGCAGAAUCUCACGAA